AAGUCCAGCAGAAGCAGGUGCGCGUACCCUAGAAACCAAAACUCCAUAGACUUUUAUCCUGUCUUUUAUAUCUUUCCAAGCAAAAUGGCAGAACCAGUUGAAGAGAAAAAGGAAGCACAAGAUACUAAAGCAAGAGUACACACCUAUCCACUUAUACGCCAUUCUGACAUGAAUGAUGAAAUGAAGACAGAAGCUAUGGAGUUGUGCGUCACAGCCUGUGAAAAAUUUGCAUCAAAUAAUGAAAAUGCUGCCAGAAUGAUCAAAGAGACCAUGGACAAAAAAUUUGGCGCCUCCUGGCAUGCAGUGGUCGGUGAAGGAUUCGGAUUUGAACUGACGCAUGAAGUGAAAAAUCUGCUAUACAUGUUCUUUGGAGGAAAUAUGGCAAUUUGUAUUUGGAAAUGUUCGUAGAAGAUGGGACAUGCUUUUUUCAACCAAUGUUCAAUGUUGACUAUUACAUUCCAGUUGUUCACCAUUCCUGCUAAAGUUACUUUCAAUUGAUAUUUUGUUUCCCUUUACUUUUUUAUUAAGGUAAGCCAUCCAUCAUUAGGAUGCAAAGGUGUGUUAGUGCAUUUUAGAUAUUGACAUUUCGAUUAUUUUAUUAUGUUUAAUUUAUAAUGAUUAACCAUAAUAUUAUUUUUGCUUGGAUUAUAUUUUUGAAUAACUCCAUAAUGGCACUACUAUUAUGACAUAGUAGUAGAGAUAAUAAAAUAAAAUUUAUUAUUAUAAUUUAGCAAUUUUAUUUAGUUGCUUUUCAAAAUAUUUAAAGCCUAUAUAAAAAAUGCCCUCCAUGAAGAUGUUCAAACUUAACAUUUUGUAACUUUAAAAUGAAACUUUCCAAUAGCAACUUUUUGUAUUAAUGAUGGAUGGAUUUCCUUUAAACCGUGUGUUUACAGAUUCAUUCCUGUGUAAACUAAACAUAUCAUAAUGCAUGCAUAUCAAUAUGGUGAACAUACAUUUGUAAAAAUUAGAUAUGAAUUGUCUUGUUGAUAACCCAAACAUAUUUCUGUAUACAUGUUUAAAUAAACACAACCUAAUUAGUACAUGUAGGUAGGCUACAAUUCUGUUAACAUGUACUUAUUCUGUGAUAAACAAUUGUAUGCAUUUAUCUCCUGUAACAAAACUAUUUUAGUAAGGAAAACCAACAGCCCUUAAUAUCAUCAAGUUUAAGAUGAAGUAUUAUUUGCAUUUUGAUGUUAAUAACUGUAUAGUUUCUAAUGUGAUAUUUUCAUAUUAUAUACAAAAAAGGAUAAAAUUAAAAAGGUUA